AUGACAACGCUAGAAGAAUUGGCAUCUCAGAAAUUACCUGGCGAUGAGGAAAUCGACCAGGAAAUUCUUAAUUUGCCCACUCCAGAGCUUCAAACUAGGACAAAACUGCUGGACAACGAAAUCCGUAUAUUCAGGUCAGAAUUACAGCGUUUGUCGCACGAGAACAAUGUGAUGCUCGAGAAGAUUAAGGACAACAAGGAGAAAAUCAAAAACAACAAGCAACUCCCCUAUCUGGUGGCGAACGUGGUGGAAAUCAUGGACAUGGACGGGCUUGACGACGAAGAACACAAAGAGUCUACCACACAAGGUGGGAAUGUGAACUUGGACAAUGUAGCUAGUGGGAAAGCCGCUGUUGUCAAAACGUCGUCCAGACAAACCGUUUUCCUACCCAUGGUGGGUCUGGUUGAGCCAGACAAGUUAAAGCCCAACGACCUCGUGGGCGUCAACAAAGAUUCAUACCUUGUGCUGGAUACUUUGCCAUCUGAAUUUGACUCGCGUGUCAAGGCGAUGGAGGUGGACGAAAAACCUACGGAAACUUACUCGGAUGUCGGUGGUCUUGACAAACAGAUCGAAGAGCUGGUAGAAGCCAUUGUGUUGCCAAUGAAGCAAAGCGAGAAAUUCAAGGAUAUGGGUAUAAGAGCUCCAAAGGGUGCAUUGAUGUAUGGUCCACCAGGUACUGGUAAAACGUUACUUGCAAGAGCAUGUGCAGCGCAAACCAACGCGACUUUUUUGAAACUGGCUGCCCCACAACUCGUUCAAAUGUUUAUUGGUGAGGGUGCAAAAUUAGUGCGCGACGCGUUCGCGCUUGCCAAGGAGAAGGCACCCACUAUCAUUUUCAUAGACGAGUUGGACGCUAUCGGAACGAAACGUUUUGACUCUGAAAAGUCUGGCGAUAGGGAAGUACAGAGAACCAUGUUAGAGCUCCUUAAUCAACUAGAUGGAUUUGGCUCUGAUGACCGCGUCAAAGUUGUGGCUGCAACGAAUAGAGUGGAUGUGCUUGAUCCAGCCCUACUAAGAUCAGGAAGAUUAGACAGAAAAAUAGAGUUCCCUCUACCGAGUGAGGACUCUAGGGCCCAAAUUCUUCAAAUUCAUUCCAGGAAAAUGACUACCGAUGACUCCAUUAACUGGCAGGAACUUGCAAGGUCGACAGACGAAUUUAACGGUGCUCAGUUAAAAGCGGUUUCAGUGGAAGCUGGCAUGAUAGCAUUAAGAAACGGGCAGUCUCAAGUCAAGCAUGAAGAUUUUGUGGAGGCCAUUGGUGAGGUACAAGCUCGUAAAUCCAAGUCUGUAUCUUUCUAUGCUUAG